AGAAGCCUACUGAUGACUGCUAGGUGGCAGCUAAAUCAGGAGAACAAACAGCUGCUCUGCUCAUUAUUUCAGACCACACUGGGGUACAGAGCUUGUGCUUCGGGAUGGAAACCAGCGUGUAUCCUUACAGGGAAUUGUGCUUUCCAGGACCUCAUGAACUCUAUUUUAAGAACCUCUCAAAACGAAGAGAGCAAGUCAUGGAGAAGAAUGGGAAUAACCGAAAGCUUCGGGUUUGCGUUGCUACUUGCAACCGCGCGGAUUAUUCUAAACUUGCCCCAAUCAUGUUUGGCAUUAAAACAGAACCUGAAUUCUUUGAACUUGAUGUGGUGGUUCUUGGCUCUCACCUGAUAGAUGACUAUGGAAAUACAUAUCGCAUGAUUGAACAAGAUGACUUUGAUAUCAACACCAGGCUGCACACUAUCGUUAGAGGGGAAGAUGAGGCAGCCAUGGUGGAGUCAGUAGGCCUGGCCCUAGUGAAGCUACCAGAUGUCCUUAAUCGCCUGAAGCCUGAUAUCAUGAUUGUUCAUGGAGACAGGUUUGAUGCCUUGGCUCUGGCUACAUCUGCUGCCUUAAUGAACAUCCGAAUCCUUCAUAUUGAAGGUGGGGAAGUCAGUGGGACCAUUGACGACUCUAUCAGACAUGCCAUAACAAAACUGGCUCAUUAUCACGUGUGCUGCACCCGAAGUGCAGAGCAACACCUGAUAUCCAUGUGUGAGGACCACGACCGCAUCCUUUUAGCUGGCUGCCCUUCCUAUGACAAACUUCUCUCAGCCAAGAACAAAGACUAUAUGAGCAUCAUUCGGAUGUGGUUAGGUGAUGAUGUAAAAUGUAAAGAUUACAUUGUUGCACUGCAGCACCCUGUGACCACUGACAUUAAACAUUCCAUUAAAAUGUUUGAGUUAACAUUGGACGCACUCAUCUCAUUUAACAAGCGGACUCUAGUUCUGUUUCCAAAUAUUGAUGCAGGGAGCAAAGAGAUGGUCCGAGUGAUGCGGAAGAAAGGCAUUGAGCAUCAUCCCAAUUUUCGCGCAGUUAAACAUGUCCCAUUUGAUCAGUUUAUACAGCUGGUCGCCCAUGCUGGUUGUAUGAUUGGGAACAGCAGCUGUGGGGUACGAGAGGUUGGUGCUUUUGGAACACCUGUGAUCAACCUGGGAACACGUCAGAUUGGAAGAGAAACAGGAGAAAAUGUCCUUCAUGUCCGGGAUGCUGACACCCAGGACAAAAUAUUGCAGGCGCUGCACCUUCAGUUUGGUAAACAGUACCCCUGUUCGAAGAUAUAUGGGGAUGGAAAUGCUGUUCCAAGGAUUUUGAAGUUUCUAAAAUCUAUUGAUCUUCAAGAGCCACUGCAAAAGAAAUUCUGCUUUCCUCCUGUGAAGGAGAAUAUCUCUCAAGAUAUUGACCAUAUUCUUGAAACUCUAAGUGCUUUGGCUGUUGAUCUUGGUGGGACAAACCUUCGAGUUGCAAUUGUCAGCAUGAAGGGUGAAAUAGUUAAAAAGUAUACUCAGUUCAAUCCUAAAACCUAUGAAGAGAGGAUUAAUUUAAUCCUACAGAUGUGUGUGGAAGCUGCAGCAGAAGCUGUAAAACUGAACUGCAGGAUUUUGGGAGUAGGCAUUUCCACAGGUGGCCGUGUAAAUCCUCGGGAAGGAAUUGUGUUGCAUUCAACCAAACUGAUCCAAGAGUGGAACUCUGUGGAUCUCAGGACCCCUCUGUCUGACACUUUGCAUCUCCCUGUGUGGGUGGACAAUGACGGCAACUGUGCCGCCCUUGCAGAAAGGAAAUUUGGCCAAGGAAAGGGACUGGAAAACUUUGUUACACUUAUCACAGGCACAGGAAUUGGUGGUGGAAUCAUCCAUCAGCAUGAAUUGAUCCAUGGAAGCUCCUUCUGUGCUGCAGAACUUGGCCACCUUGUUGUGUCUCUGGAUGGGCCAGAUUGUUCCUGUGGAAGCCAUGGGUGUAUUGAAGCCUAUGCCUCUGGAAUGGCCUUGCAGAGGGAAGCAAAAAAGCUACAUGAUGAGGACUUGCUCUUGGUGGAAGGGAUGUCAGUGCCAAAAGACGAAGCAGUGGGUGCACUCCACCUCAUACAGGCUGCAAAACUCGGCAACGCAAAGGCCCAGAGCAUCUUAAGAACAGCUGGAACAGCUUUGGGUCUUGGAGUUGUGAACAUCCUCCACACCAUGAAUCCUUCCCUUGUGAUCCUCUCUGGAGUCCUGGCCAGUCACUAUAUCCACAUUGUCAAAGACGUCAUCCGCCAGCAGGCCUUGUCCUCAGUGCAGGAUGUGGACGUGGUGGUUUCAGAUUUGGUUGACCCGGCCCUGCUAGGUGCUGCCAGCAUGGUUCUGGACUACACCACUCGCAGGAUCUACUAGCCUUCUGGGAACAAAAACAGGGACGAGACUCAAGAGCUCCCUAGUGGAAUCAACUUCUUGUCUUUGAGAUGAGCACGUCUUAAAAAGCAAAUUUGGUAUUAACUGCAGCCGACUUUGGCAAAGAAGUGUUCUAGUUCUUUGUUUCCUCUUCUCAAGUCACCUUUACCCUCCCCCCCAUUUUUGUAGAUGCUACUCUUUCUGAUAUUUUCCUAUAGGAGUCAUUUUAGCACAGAUACUCUAAGUUCUAGUCACAAUAUUCCAUGCCCAAAGGAGCUACACGAGGAAGACAAGGAAGUCUUAGGACUGUGCUUACUCAUGUACCAGUUGGACCUGAAGACCUUGCUUGAAAUGUGAGCCUCGUCUUGGAGUUGGAAUUAGUAAUUCUUCCUCCUAGGGCUGGGCAUGGUGGCUCACACCUGUAAUACUACCAUUCUGGGAGCUGAGGCGGGUGGAUUGCUUCAGCUCAGAAGUGUGAGACCAGCCUAAGCAAGAAUGAGAGCCCAUCUCUAAAAAUAGCCGGGCGUUGUGGCGGGCGCCUGUAGUCCCAGCUACUCGGGAGGCUGAGGCAAGAGGAUCACUUGAGCCCAAGACUUUGAGGUUUCUGUGAGCUAUGACACCACGGCACUCUAUUGAAGGUGACAAAGUGAGAUGAGCAAGUUUAAGAACAGUCUAAGCAAGAGUGAGACCUCGUCUCUUUAAAAAUGAAAAAUUGGGGCAAGGGGCGGCACCUGUGGCUCAGUGAGUAGCGCGCCAGCCCCAUAUGCCGAGGGUGGCGGGUUCAAACCCAGCCCCGGCCAAACUGCAACAAAAAAAUAGCCGGGCGUUGUGGCGGGCGCCUGUAGUCCCAGCUGCUCGGGAGGCUGAGGCAAGAGAAUCGCGUAAGCCCAAGAGUUAGAGGUUGCUGUGAGCCGUGUGACGCCACGGCACUCUACCAGAGGACGGUACGGGUACGUCCGUACCCGUAGAGACUCUGUCUCUACAAAAAAAAAAAAGGAAAAAUUGGGGCAAAAGGAUCAUUUGGGCCCAAGUGUUUCAGGUUGCUGUGAGCUAUGAUGUCCCCUCUUAUACAGAGAAAAAGUGAGACUCUAUCUCAAAAAAAAAAAGAUAUAUAUAUAUAUGAAAUAAAAAAUAAUCCUUCAUUCUCUCACCCCAAACUCGUCACAGAAAUCCAGGCAAGGGAACAGAAGGAAAUUUUACCAGGAAAGGCUUAAGAACAUUUUCUGUUUUAACAACUUUAUUGGUUUUUUUUUUUUUUUUUUUUUUUAAGAGACCUCCAGCUCUUGGGCUUAGGCGAUUCUCUUGCCUCAGCCUCCCGAGUAGCUGGGACUUAAGGUGCCCACCACAAUGCCCAGCCAUUUUUUGUUGCAGUUUGGCUGGGACCGGGUUCGAACCUGACACCCUUGGUAUAUUGGGCUGGCACCCUACUCACUGAGCCACAGACGCCACCCUAUUGGGGUAUUUUUUUAAAGUGGACAAUUUGAUAAACUUUGAGGUAUGUAUAUACCUGAGAAACCAUCACUACAAUCAAGACAUUGGACAUUCCUGUCACUCCCAAAUGUCAUGUGUUGAAAGAUGUUAUUAGUCCAGCAGAAUUAGUAAGAGUCCUUGGACCAGGGAUCUGAAUUACAGUGGUCUUAGAGACCUUGUCCUUAUCUUCUUAGGGACAGUGGCUGAGAAGCCACUAGGACUUACAACCUCUGAAAGGAGAUUAACUGUCCCAAAAGGAUCUUUCCCACUGACCAGCAGACACCUCUCCCUUUAAUAGCUUUUCCUCUUAUGUUGAAUAUGACUCUAGAGUGUUUAUUGAGUCAGUGUUUGUAUAUAACUAUACCCCAGAUCUGUGACUCUGGCUAAAUAAAUAAUCUCUGCUUUCACUGGUAUCAAAAUAUAAAAGGCAAAGUUCUGGCUAUUAAUUGCAACCUGGGCCAGGCAUGAUGUCUCAUGCCUGUACUCCUAGUAUUAUGGGAUGCUAAGGCAGGAGGAUUGCUUGAGCUUAGGAGUUCAAGACCAAUGUGAGCAAGAGCAAGACCCCAUCUCUACUAAAAAUAGAAAAGUUAUCUUGGCAAGUUGGUGUGUGCCUAUCUAUAGUCCUAGAUGGGUACAGGGAGGAUCGCUUGAGCCUAGAAGUUUGAGGCUGCAGUGAGCCGUGAUGUCACUGUACUCUAGCUGGGGCAACAGAGAAAGACUAUCUCCAAAAAAGAAAAAAAAAUUGCAACCUGGAAGAAAUACUUUCUGCUGUCAUUUAUUAUGUGCCUACUGUAUGCCAGGCUCUGAACUAGGAGUUUCAUAUACAUUGUCCUAGAUUCUCUCAUCCUGUGAGGUGGAUGUUUUAAUUCCUAUUUUAAAGAAUUUAGUGUGUUUAAGUGAGGUAGCUAAAGCUACGAUAGGGGCUAGUGAGUUUUUUUAAUUCUUCUGCUAAGAUGUACAACCUCUCAUUUCGAAAACACUUUCAAAAUGCUACUGUAUUCUAAUUUACCGUAGGCCACCAAAAACUUUAAUAUCUGAUUUGCAAAUGACUUCAUGUCUUCUUGAUCUGUCCCUCAGCUGUGAUUUACUCAAAUGUUCCUUUCUGCUAUGGAGAUUUGCCAGUGCAGUAUUUAAUCUAGUGACAGGUUUUUAUUGGUACUUUUAGAUGAUCUAAAAAGUAUAUGCAUAUAUUUUUCAGAUUGUUUUCUACUUUAGGAAAAUGAAGGUUUCUACAAUGUAUUGUUUCAGUGUUAGCACAUAAAAUAAGCUGAAGGAAUCUAUAUUGCAUUUGAACUACUUCCUUCCUGAUGGGUUAAUAUGAAAAAGAAAAGUUGGCAGAUUCUGAGAACUCUACCAGUCCAUAAAUAAUCCCCAGGGCCUAAUUAUUGUUCAAACAUUCCAUGGUGAUUCCUGGGAAGGAAGCUUAGAUGCUCUGUGUCUUGUCCGUAUCUGGGGCAAGAUGAUGAACCAUAAAGAGGCAUCAAUUAUUUCUUGGUGAAGUCUAAAUAACCGCUUUGUACACAGAAUAACUGCAUAGCUACCACCUUUCAUACCAAAUAUUUGAAAGGAUGGUACUGAAUCUAAAACCAAAUCUUUGUUUUUACUGAAUUCACAGAAAGGCUAAUAUAUUCCAACAUAAAUUAUUACAUAUCAUUAAAUAAAUAACUGCAUGUUAAUUUAUUUUAAUGUAAAUAUUUUUAUGGUACUGUUCCAAGGUAAAUUAUAAGAUAAGAAUACAUUUAAAGUGGGCGGUGCCUGUGGU